AUGAAUGGCACGGUCGAGUCCGCACGUUGGCGCUCCACUCCACACGCCCUGGUCCGCGCAGCCAAUGACCAGGUUUUUAACCAACAACAGCAGUGAGAUACGGCAGAGGUCCUAAUGUGCGCGACGUCUGUCGGCAGCCGUGUUGGCCAAUGCACCCUGAAAUGUUUGCAUUUGUUUCGGUGUGCAAUCCGACAACGCCUGUCAGAAUCCGAUAUGGCGCCCGUGUCGGUCCAGCGCAUCCACCACAUGGCCCCUUUGGGGAGCACAAUGCACAUUUGUACUUCACUUGAGGCCAACAGUAACGCAAAUAAGGACACCUAAGGAGCCUCUAAUGGCCAAAUACUUUAACCGAUGAUGCAGCCCUAUUUUAGAUGGUUAAAAGUCACGUUGCUGUUUGGCACAACUCGGCCCAGACGACUGUGAAUGGAAACCGACGUGAGGGCGUAGUAUGUAACCUUACUGGGUUACUGAUCAAAAACGUACUACUCAUUGUAUUUAGGUAGGUGUGGCUUUCCAAGUUUUAUUUCAAUGCAUCCUGAAAGACUGCUUUUUGGGUUAGGUUGAGACCAGAGGGUUAGAUUCAAAGUUUCAGGGUUAGGUUUCUGCCUCUUUGGGUUUGGGUUUGUGGUUUCAGAUUUAAGGUAAGAGUGCAGUUUUGACGCUUCAUACGUAUUACUAAUAUCAAGUGAGAUAUCUUGCCCCCCAUGGGCACCACGUGCCUAUGUAUCCAUCACCUGUGUCAAAAAGUCCGAAGUUAAUGGCAUACCGUUGCCAAGUCCGGCGGAACAUCAUUUCCAGCAUUUACACACUCCGACGUCGAACUACCAAAGAUAACUCUCUGCACUCCAUAAGACAGGAAGCGGAAAUAUGUGGUUAUGUAGCUGCGCCUGAUGGACACCAUACUGUUGACCAACUUAAUUAUUUUGAGUUGGUGUGAUUAUGUUGGCGUGGUGUUGCUGUGCGUUGCGGUGUGUGUUCUGUUGGCGACAUUGUUUCUUUGCUGUCGCGUCUACCUUAUUGGGCCCAAUGCUAGUGGUCCUUCUUGACCUUCGGCCUGUCGUCUCCUUCUAACUUUCGCGUUGGACGUUUCGAUGUUAGAGUGUAGGGCCGCAGUUAAGGGUUAAAGUUAAAGUUAAAGGGUAAGGGUUGGGAUUGGCAUUAGGGUUAGGGGUUAGGAUUAGGGGGUCAGGGUUAGGGUUAGGGGUUAUGGUUAGUGGUCGGUGUUAGGGGUUAGAAUUAGGGGUUACGGUUAGGAAUUAGGUGUAGGGGUUAUGGUCAGGGGUUAGGACAACUAUUUCUCAACCCUUAAAAGUACACCCGCGUAUUCCCAAUGGUUUUUCUUUUGCACACAAUGACUUGACUUCGGCCUAACCCGUAAAAAAACCUAUUACCACCGGUUCCGGGUUACAGGUGGCUGGGGUUUAUUUGCCUCAGGUGUGGCUACAUAGCCAAACCUGACCAGGUAACCUCCUAUCAAUUGGAACAUUCUGCCUCAAAUCCCCAUUUUCCAAGCCUUCUGGAAAAGUAGCGGCUAUCCGAGAUUCCCCCUUAUGGAUCGGGGUGAUAACUGCAUUCUUUCAUUCGUCCGAUUGUCAAAAUUGACAGAUCCUGGCUAAUAAUUUGAGAAAUAAGAAGAGCUCAUUGGAACAGGUUUUUAGGAAUGCUGGCGAUUCAGAGAGAUUGGUGGGCUCACUAUUAUCAAAGCUUUGAGCGCACUCAAUCGAAUAGAACUGGAAGUUCAUUUAGACCCAACCGUGAAAAACUUGGCGACUUCGGUGGGAUUCGAACCCACGACAGCAAGGGGAAGGCUUGAGUACAGUCAACGCUCUGGCCACAAGAGCUACGAGGACCCACUUGGAGCCGUUUAAUCACAUUCGGCUCAAGUUACCAACCCAGCCCACUGCAACGUCCGGAAUCUACCACAACUCAUACAGUAAGCUGACUGCUCAAACAGGAUUUCCUUAUUAGUCGGCCUAAAAUUCACCAGGCCAAGGUCGCCGGGCUUUUCAUAGUUUGGUCAAAAUUAAUGAUUUAAAAUCUGCUAAAACACCCAUUAAGAACUCGAAGUGGCCUGACAUGCCAGUCAGCCCCGAAGUGAUCGAUUUUUUUCUCAUUUCGCUGCCUCGGCCUUCCGGGGCUGUUUAAGGGCCCUGUCACCUGCAUGCAUUAUGAGUCACUGUCUCGAGGGUGGGUGGGUGAGUUUCAGCAGUCGCUGUUCGGUCUGGGGGCUCUUGGGCGGAAAUACCAAACCCACCUAAAAGAGUACAUAUCGGCGACUCGGGGCGGCCAGACGUAGACUUUCAAAUUUCAACUUGUACAUUAGAGAAGCUGACCGCACUUUCGAUUAUCAGGGAGAGUGCAACUUGGGCUGGGACAUAUCGAGGGUGGAACGGCUAAACUUGAGGUGUGUUACUCAAAUACGAACUCCAUCAACAUGCAUCUUGACCUUCCUGCAGCUCAUAAAGUCCCGUGUCAUUUAGUACACAAGCUCCAGGGCAAGUCGAUCCCGCAGCCCGACGACAAACUCACUCGGCGGGGGGGGGGGAAAUGCCGUCAGACUGAGCAACCCCUGCAGACGCUCACCCCCCCCCCCCCUCCAGUGUGAGGAUUCAUGACGCACAUAGCUGACAAGCUAGCUAAACCCCCUCCGAAAGACUGAGACAGCGAAAGAAAAAAAAAUCGAUCAACACGGGCCCAAUUCCCACGGCAUGCCACUUCCAUUCGAUUAAGGGCGUUCAACGCCCAGGCAGUGGCGAGCUGACCAAACUAUCCGAAACGUCAGUCCUAAUAAACCUGUUCCAGUGAACUCUUCCUAUUUCUCAAUUUUGUAAAUCCAUUAAACAGAGUUGACCUGGGAACGCCAUUCUUUCGACCUGACACUGAUGAAAGAUAUGCCAACAGCCCGAGUGUAUAAAGAGUUGGGCUGAAAAGUGUGCAAUGGCUGAUUGUAGCCUGCUCCACCUUUAGUGUGCAUCAACGCCUGGAGUUUCGUUAUCACGUUGCGGUGCACUUUUGUUGUGUUGGUGACAGUAUUAAAUAUUUCGGAAGAGCUUUUGGCGAGCUUACCUGUGCUUUUGAUAAAUUCUCAUCGGGCCUGCACAUUUACAUGGGAACGAGGUACAAACGUAACAUGUGAGUGAUAAGGGCAAUCGAUUAUGGCUCGUCCCUUCUUACAAACGGGGUAUGCAAAUGGAGUAGGGGUGGGGAGAGGAGGGGGUCAGUGGCAGUGAGGGUUAGGUUAAGCCGUGUCACAAGGGGGGAGGAAAGGGGCGGGGUAGCGGAGACCAGCGUACAGUUAAUCAAUCCUUGCCCACGGCAGACGCGGAUCGUGCAAAAGGUUCUUCUGCGCGCACAGGACCGACCUCUGUAGCCUGAUGACAGUCGCUUCUGCUGUUUAUAGUAAGCGCUGACCCAGUCGCUUAGGAUAGUUAGAUUUGACCUUGUGAAGCACACGGAAGGCUUCAUUGGGAUCCACACAGUGUCCAGAAUCAACCAUUUUCUCAGCCAUGCCGGCAGGUGCUCUCGUAUUCUUGCAGAUAGGCGCCGACUCAUACGAUUAAUAUUGUCUGUUCCACAGGAGAAAGCAAAGGGGUAAAUGCACAUGGAGGUGGUCUGAGCUGGUGGCCUAUCCUUACCUUCCCCGCGUAAGACGAGGUUGAUCGAAAACAAUACCUGAACUCUCUGCUGCCAGGAAUGUCCGUGACAAGACUUGGUCAAGGCGCCUUCUUAAGGGCUCACUCGUCGCAUCCCCUCGAAGGGGGACUUUUGAUGAACAGACUUUUCUUCUCUGUGGUCGGCAUGAUGAGUUUUCCCGGUCGUUCGGCAAGAUUCCUUACAACAAAUCUGUCAGGAAACCCGUUCCUGCGGAGCAGGUCCUGGAUCUUUUUCAGUCCCUUAUCAACGCUAUCUGCCGAAUAGCUAAGCCAACGCCUGCUUAGGCACGAGACGCGGAGUUCCAAAUUUAUCAGUCCCCCAGCAAAACCUACAACCAGGAGAUGCUAAUUCGCAUCUUGCUUUAGGGGUUAGAGCGUGCAAUAAGUGGGUUUGUUGACUGAAAUACCUCUCUUGGUUAAUAUUUAACCCCGACCGGUCAGUGUGGUUUACUGUGGCCAGCUGUCCUUGAAGGAAGGACGUUUUGUCUCGUUAUUUUCAAUCAAACAGUUGAAGAUUGUCAUACGAGUUUCCUCCAUUCAUAUAGCCAAAAUUGCGGCAUUUUCCGCCAACCUCUACUCACACCUUUUUCCUAUUUCUUUGUUUUCAUAAUUCGGCAGACUUCAGGUCUUGUCUGUUGUCCACAAAGGGUCUAAAUCAUAGAGACCUGUCUAUCCUACAGAAGCUGAUUAAGGACAACUCUCUAAAGCCCUACACUCCUCAGUUCGCAUUUGUAUGAUCCAUCGAGGAGACCUGUGAUGUCCCUGCUCUGUUUGCCUGCUGCAACGCUACCAAUUGUGGAUUCAUUUGGGAGCAUUCAUUUAUCUUCACGAGAGUGGCGUUCAGUGAUUGCGAAACACAACAUGAACAGUUCAGCUGUGUCCUGGAGAUCAAGGUCACAGCCUUGAGAUUGCCAAUAGAAGCGACGAGACGAGUCCCAGGAGGUAGUCAUGAAGAAGGAAGCACGAUCGCCGGAACAAAAGCCGUAUUCGUUUGACAUUUCGGGUUCCUGUACUAACCCAUCAUCAGAGACAGUAGCAGAUACGGAUUUUUCGUGCACAAGGGGCUGCAGUAGUUAUAGGAUGCAGUCGCCAUGCUACCGCACACCUAGGAAAUCAGGACUUGUUGCGUUUGGUGUGAUGAUUGUGCUAUGGCCGACACCCGAGUCGUUAAUCGUUGCAGUGACAUCACGGGUGUUGGAUGUUGGUACGAUAGUUGCUCGACUAUUUGGACACACCGAUCCUGACGUUGGGGAUAGUGCUCGCCUGUGCUCUCUCCACGUGGCUAAUCAUUUUGCCUGAAUAAAGUCUUAGCAUCGAAUAUGGGGGGGAGGUGAUUGAACUAGUUAAUGGACUUGGGGCCGGUGAACCAGGACUUAGAUGGCCUACGGCUCACGCGAUUGUUACCUCUAUCGACAAUUUCGGUUUCGUCGAAUUUAAAUGUGUGGCUAGAUCUUACAGAAUGAACAGCAAUUUGAGAGCUGGCGUCAUUUAUCCACACCGCCGCCGCGUGUUCCGCCAUUCACGUUCGGAGCUGUCUUCCGAUUUCUCCAACGUAGCUGUCUUGUCCACAACUGCACCGGAUCCGAUAAACCACCCAAAAAGUUCCUUGCCGUGGCAGCGGGUCUUUCAGUCUCAUUAUCUGACGUCUCAUGGUUGCUUCCGUUCUGUGUGCAACACCAUCCCCACGUGGUGCGAGAACGCGGUCGACGGCUUCCGAAACGUUCUUGGCAUACGAAAGCGCUCUCCAAAAUUUGGAAUCCGUGCGUUUUCGCCUUUCGUCCCCUUUGCGCAUGCACCGGUUAACGAAGUUGCGCGGGUAACCGUUGCCUUUGAACAUCCGUCAAAGGUGUUAUUGUUCGUCAGUCUUGUCUUCCGGCUCAAUCCAGUGCCUCUCAAAACGCCAAUAAAGCGUCCUUACACAGCUGCGUUUGUAGUUGAUUGGGUGGCUGUUGUCGAAGGUCAGUGCUUCCAUCGUUUUUGUCGCCUUCUUGAACACAUUGGUCAUUAGGCUACCAGUGUCUUUGCGACAUAGGAGGAUAUCCAAAAAGGCGAACUGGCGUAUGGUCGUUAUAUAAUGGUAACUUAAUUACAAAUGCCCGUUUGAGUCAUUUUUCUUUAUAUGUAAUGCUUCAAUUUUUUAUGAGGAUAAAAUUGAUUGAGGCAUUUCACCAAUACAAUUUUCCCGUCUGAUUGUAGACCCCAAAGCAUCCUCUGCUCGUUUGAUUUGGUGUGCCAUGCGUCCUUUACAAACUGCAUGGUUAUUCUCACACCUUGUUGGAAAAGGAGUUCGACCGAUAUCCGAUACGCCCGAAUAAAAAUUCUUCAUUGUUAACGGAUAUUUUCGCCUUCUGUUAGGUGCUAACUCUCUAUGUCGUGAAAUGAACAUUUGGAGAAGGGGGUGACUCUGAAGUUUUAGGGUAUGCAAGCUUUUUGACCUCCGUAGCGCAUCAGUUUCCUCGUUUAUAUCUAGUCUGUAGACUCUAACUCUUAGCCUUAUGUCAAUAAUCUACAGGAUUCUCGUUGAAGGAGGUUUGCAGAGAGGUCUUGCAUAUUGCCUGCUCAGGCUUCUUUCGAACAGUCUGAAUAAUCUUCAGUGGACGGUAAAAUGAACAACAUCCUAGUCCGACAAAUCAGUCAGUACCCUGGUGUCCAUUCACGAGAUGUCCGGUUGUUUAGGAUGCUGACAAAAAUCUCUAUUCUGAGGAAGCAAAGACUGCGAAGUGCUAUGGAUGGCGGAGGGGCACUCACCGAUCGUGCUACGGAACUCACUCGUCCCGUUGUGCCUUACGGGAUCUCUCUCGAGCCCAACUAUCAGCCGAACAGCGGCGCAUGGCAUAGUCAGAAUGUUAUUACGGACAAAGACAAGGCAGACUGGAAUAACCAUUUCUGGAAUAUUAGCCGUCGUCAGUCAGCCAUACACAACGUCGAGGUGUGUGACACCUUGGGCUCGAUCCCGCGACCUGUUGGUUAGAGGUCCUAUGGAGUCAACUCGAAGUACAAGUAAUAAUGCACUUUUGGUUUUCUUUGUAGCCAGGACGGUAUGAUCAUUCGAGCAGAACCUUCAAAACGCAGUCAACUCUAGUUGUGCUUAACAGUCCAGGGAUAGUUGCUAAGUCGGGUUAUUUUGUCCCAAGCGAGUAUUGGCGUUACUCAGGCGAACGACAAAGAACAUAAUGUUUCGCCGAGUCUGCAAGACGCAGCGAGCUGCUACUGGCGAGCGCUAUCUGUGUCUCAACAACCAAACGCUGUCUGGGGGCAUUCCUUGAUAUUUUUAACGCAUCACCCACCUAUAUUUACGUCAUACGUAUGCCUCAGCCUUCUCCAGAGGAUUAGCCCGACUGCACUUACAUUCCGGCCUCUGGGUUGGUGAGAUGAUCUGUUAUAGGAUACCUAGGGGGCUUCGUUAACUCUCACACUUGGCAGGAGUUAAGCUGUUGGUUCAGAUUAUUGCUCCCCUCUUCUCCUAGCACAUCUUGGAUUCCUCGGACCAGUGAUUUCCUGCGACGAUAAGUGGCGGCUAGUCGGUAGUUUCCUUCCAACGUUUUUAGUUGUGUUUGUACCUUCUCUUAGUGGAUGGCUAUCGGUAUUCUCAGUUUCGCGACAACCUACUGACUGUUGCUGGCUUCGCCAAUCGACUGUGAAGAAAUACACAUGAAACCAGCAAUGAAAUCUCCAACUCAAGAUCGCCUCAAUAUUACUAGCAGGGCGGUGCGAAUCGAGUCUCGGGGAUCGCGUUCUAGUCAAGGCAGUUUAAUGAUUGGUUGGUCGCACGCCGCCCACUCAGCCCACUAAGGGCGCAAUCUUAUGUCCGCACGCUGAUAGGCCAAUCGAUCGGACGGCGUGGUUGCUUCGGCAAGCACAGCCCCCGAACUCCACUUUCUGCCUUGCCGCGCUGUCGUAAGUGCACCUGUCCUUCCCUUUACGGCUUCCUUUUUGUUUUUCCUUGAUAAUAACUGUUUUAUGCCCCUUUUUGUGGUAUUGCGAAGCCGAUAUCAAAGGUAACAUACCGGAAGCUUUUUAGCCAUGAGGUCGAUUAACUGUUACGCCAAACUGCCGAAGAUAUGAGGGAGAGGUACCCGUCCGACGCAUUUUCAUCUUCCUGGGGCGGUUUCUCCUACAGUUCGCCAACCGACGACGUUAUUGCUGACAAAAUGACGAAUUUUACGGCUAUGACAUCGAACAGGGGAUCUGAGGGGUCUCAAAAGUUCCUGUCAACUGAAGAGGAGUCAAGCGUACGUAGUGACCCGACCGGUGAACCUGCAGAUAUCGCAAACACAUCUGACAAGUUUUCUGAGGAUAAUAGGACAGCUGGAGACAGCCGACGCGUCCGAAUUGCUCUUAGAUGCACGAGCACUACUGAGGGUAGCAAGCUUGCUGCGGCACCGAUUACGGCAGUGAGUAGUGGUGGUAGUACGUUCAUUUAGGACUGGUAGCUAAGCAGUCACGUGUCUAUUCCAUGCCUAUUUAAGGUGAUAAGGUCGUGACUUAUUUAACAAUCAAUGGCCUUCCGAUUCACAACAAGACUUGGCUAGGAUUUCGAUCAGCGCUAUGUUAGUGAAGUGUUUUUUGUAGGGAUAUAUAUAGCCGCCAUGUUAGGCCGUCGGAUGUGUAGUCGUUUUGCAGACAGCUGGCUGAAGAGCCAUUAACUUUGGGCAGAUGCAGUCUGCGUGUCUACGAAGUCAGCUGGUCACCGCAGUUCCGGCUUGCGGCCGUAAUUUGCGGUGCGUCCCCCAGGGCUUUUGUAAAGCAAAUUAGGCAUGUACAUGUUUGCUUUUGCAGCGAACAGUGUGGUGUGCGUAAAUAAGGUGGCCUGUGUGUCUGAGGGUGUGAGGACGAAUGAGGACUUCGUAUCCACCACCGGUGACUGCCGCCGCACUGGCAUUUCGUCACUUCUAUCAUGCAACGUUCAGAUAAUUUGUCGUCUGCCUUUAGUUUCCCUAGGUGUUAUGAGGUGGUUUCGAAGCCCGAGGGGAAAUGCGUCUAGGUUGUCAACUGCAGCAGUGAUAACGUUCCUUCGGUGACCUAGACACAUGGAGCAGAACGAAACUGUUUUAGUUACUGGUUUACAUGGGCAUAGUAGUCCUUUAAGGGGGACCUCCUCGACAAUAUUGGAAGCAUUUUUGCCUACCGUUUACGGUACUACGCUGUCUCGUUCGCCCGCAAUUGUCCAAACAGUGGAUCCCCUGCUGUAGGUGCCUGCUUGAUAUGUUUGUUGACAGGUUUUCCUGGAAAUGGGGGCGAGUAUGCGCGUCGCAGGUUCUUGUUGAAAAGAAGACGAAAACGCGAUCACUGAAACGGUAGUUUUAUUAGCCGGGACUUUCGAAAGUCCCGGCAAGUGGUACGUUGAUUAGCAGACUCGCUGGGUGAGCGAUACGGUCCAUCGGUUUUCUACCACCGACGGGUGGGUCGGUUACACAGUUAAGUUACAUUCAGAAGAAUAGGUUAUUCAUCGGCAGAACGCCCUCUGAGGGAUUGGCGACAGUCGACGGUGAGUUGGUGUGCACUCAAUACAUGGCACGUUAUCUGCCUGGGGACGUAGAACUAGUGUUUGUUGAGUACGAGAAGAUAGAAUAGCAAUUUGACUACCCUACUAACUCAUCACAAGUUAAGGUAUGUUUAAAGUCACGACACGGGCUGUUCUCAACUCUUGGCCAUUGUCGCCAUCGGCAUGCAUGUACGUAGACGAUCACUUUGCCCUUAUUGAAGUGGACGUUGGGACUUCGAUGACUGGCAUCAGCGGCUCGUGACUGUGCGACUGCUCUCGACAACCAACAAAAUUCCGGGAAUGAGUAAUGGAUGCGUCGGUGACUUUUGCGAAUAAUUGUAGUCUCACUGUAACUCGGCAGCAUGUGGACUACAGGUCAGAGGAAAUGGUGGUCGUAUGAAACAACAAAUGUGUAGGUCUAUAACCUUCCCUAUAACCUACUUACCAUCAUCAUCAUCAUCGGUGGGGUUAAGAAUUGUCUAAUUUCCUUCCCUUGCUAGGAUUUCGAAAGCGAGUCCAGCGACUCCGGUAAAACCUUGCCUGGAGGUAUUUGACUACCACCACCUACUCAAAUAGAUAUAGUAGUUGUUAUUUCUAGUCAACGGAUAUUUGGGUGCCAUCUCCCGAUUGUUACCACUCGGCGUCCAGUCAGUUACAGCCAAUGAUUUGUAUGCAGUAAAUGGGGAUGUAAAUGUCUAAAAACUUCUGACUCUACUAACCCCCUUAUUCUCCUGUUGCCUUACAGCGUUUGAUGUCUGAUCAGGACCUUCCUGAAGAUAUUGCAAGACUGUUGGCUGAGGUGCCGCAACUUACGUCAUCAUCAUCAUCGGUGGUGUUAAGAAUUGUCUAAUUUCCUUCCCUUGCUAGGAUUUCGAAAGCGAGUCCAGCGACUCCGGUGAAACCUUGCCUGGAGGUAUUUCACCACCACCAUACGCUGGUGAGUAUUCAUCUACAUGAGAUAUUCUUCCUAGAGACUAGACACCGGCGUUGUAAGCGGUGGCGCGGCCGUCAAGCUUCUCGCAAGAGAAAUACCUCAUUUAAAGCAUGCCUCCGAUGGAUAAUGUCGUGCCUUUGUCAACUACUGCGCAUCACUUAUGAAAUGAAGUCGCAGCUUAUUGUGAUUGAACAAAGCCUCGAUGCUCUGCAGUCGGCCCGCUCGAGUUCCUCUCCCGUGCCUACUGGGGCCGUUGAUGGUUAGUCACCGACAACACUUUGUUUGAGCGUUAUUCACCUUUUUCAUUUUAAUUGACUUAUUUAAUUUAUACUGAAUGCAAACUGCGUGUACUACUUACCCUGACAUUGACUAUUUUCCUGCAAUAUUUCAGACGGAAAGAACGGACGACCUGAAAACGGGGAACCCAGCCCUCCCACACAGCCAUAA